GAGAAAGUAUUCACCGAGUGUACGGGUAAGCCUAAGGGCUAUCUCAAUAUGUCUGGAUUUUGGGAUUUUACCGACUUGGGCUUAGAAAUGGUUGAGGAGGGAGUAAUCGUGUCUGGAAACAUGACGUCUACGUGGAAGGUCGACCCAACAGAUCGCAUUGAGGGUGCUGCCAGCUUAUUUUACUUCGAUCGUGGCUCUUGGCAGCAAACCGUUAUCAAUAUGUUGGUAAGGGACUUCUGCAAGAGCAUGUAUGAAGAGAACCAAUUUUGGCAAAUGUACUGGACUGCGCACGCAACCAACAUGGAAGAUGUGAAAGACCAAUGUGUCAACUUCGGCACUACGCUGACUCUGGAAACUUAUCUCCUAGAUAUGAAAUUCCCCUUAGAUGUACCAAUACGCACUGGGCGGUACAAGAUUGUGGUUCAAAUGCAUGCAAUAGAUCGAGCUGGUGUAAGGCGCAAAAAUAGUAUUUGCUUUCAAAUUAGGGGCGAACUAAUGAAAGCUACUUAAAAUAUUGACAUAUUCUUUCAUCAUAUUAUUGAUUUUCAAGGUGCACUAU